AUGGCCCAGAAGGCGCCUGUCCGAGUGUGCUUGCUGAUCCCUGUCCUCGUCCACUGCGUCUUCGGCACGACCGCAGCGGCGGAUAUCAACCCUCAGCAGGCGGACGCCGUGCUCCUGCAGCUCGGCACGGACGCCACGAGCUUCGACCUCGCCCGCGUCAGUUCCCGUAAGGGCGUGUCCACAGUGACUUCCUUGGUGCUCCACGUGAACACCAGCCAGCAGAAGGGGCGACGCCAAGUCGAGGCGGCUGACCACAUGGUGAAUGGGGUUUCUUGGACCAGUUGGGGCAGGACAUCAAUGGCGAAGCCCCUUCUGAUUACAGUGGCGGGUCGGUCUCGCUGA